ACACUGGCAGGAUCAGACUGGCAGGAUGGGGCAGGUGGACCUGCUGUGGAUCACUGCUGCUCUUCUGUCUUCACCACUGCUCACACUGUGUGACCCACUCAACAUUCUGUCCGCCCCAAACAUGCUGAGGGUGGGCAGCUCAGAGAACGUGUUCGUGGAGACCCAGGAUUACGCUGAAGGAACGCUCAAUGUACGGGUUGCUGUAAAGAAUUAUCCACAGAAAACUGUCGAGCUGGAAUCUAAAUCGGUGGUCCUCGACGCUGGAAACAAUUACCAGGCACUUGUAGCCAUAAAGAUUCCUGAAAACAAAGACAUCUUCAGUGAUGACCCCUUAGAGAAGGAGUACGUGUACCUGCAGGCCCAUUUUCCCUCUGGUGUGCUGGAGAAGGUGGUCUUGGUCUCCUUCCAGUCAGGCUACAUAUUCAUCCAGACAGACAAGAGCAUCUACACACCCAGCAGUACAGUUAAAUACAGAGUCUUCGCAAUGACUCCUGAUCUGCAGCCGCUUGACUUCAGUGCAGUCUCUGUUGAAAUUAUAAAUCCUCAAGGAAUCAUAGUUGAAAAGGACACAUUCUUCUCUAAAAAAGGGACUCUGACUUGGAAGUAUGAUAUCCCUGAAAUUGUCAGCCCUGGUAUAUGGACUAUAGCAGCACGAUACAAGAGUACCCCUCAGAAGAACUUCACUGCUGAGUUUGAAGUGAAAGAAUAUGUGCUGCCAACAUAUGAGGUCACGUUAAAUCCGUCAAGGUCUUUCUUCUACAUUGAUGAUGAUCGCUUUCAAGUGGACAUCAUUGCCAAGUAUCUGUUCGGGAACAAAGUGGAAGGAAGUGCAUUUGUGGUGUUUGGUGUGAUGCAAGGUGACAGCAGGACCAGCCUGCCAGCCUCUUUAAGAAGAGUGGAGAUCAGGGAUGGAGAAGGACGUGCAACACUGACUAAAGAGAUGAUCCAGAAGACUUUUGUAGACAUCAAACAGCUGGUUGGAAGCUCCUUGUACAUAUCAGUCAGUGUUUUAACAAAUGUUGGUAGUGAAAUGGUGGAAGCUCAGAGGAGGGGCAUCCCGAUUGUGUCAUCACCUUAUACCAUCGACUUCAAAAGAACACCCAAAUUCUUCAAACCUGGAAUGCCCUUUGAUGUCACGGUUUAUGUGGCGAAUCCAGACCAGACACCUGCUGAAAACGUUGAUGUUAUAGUCAACCCUGGAGGUGGGCAGGGUCGAACCAAGGCCAACGGCAUAGCAAAGGUCACAGUCAACACCCAGACAGGAGCCAAGAGUCUACAAAUUAAUGUGACAACCAAUGACCCAGCCAUAUCAAACAACAGACAGGACGAAAAGCAAAUGACUGCUGAAGCCUACGCUACUAAAGGAGGCUCCAUCAAUUACCUUCACAUUGGCAUUGGCGCUGAAGAACUGAAAGUUGGUGAUAAUAUGAAAAUUAAUCUGAACUUUAUCAAGAGCUCUGGUGUCCAAAAUCAAGAUUUCACUUACCUGAUCCUUAGUAAAGGACAGAUUAUCCAAGCAAAGAGGUUUAAGAGGCAAGGGCAAACUCUGGUCACUCUGUCUCAUCUGGUCACCAAGGACAUGCUUCCUUCGUUCCGUGUGGUGGCGUAUUACCAUGUGGGAGAGUCUGAGGUGGUGGCUGACUCUGUCUGGGUUGAUGUAAAGGACACAUGUAUGGGAACGUUGCGACUGGAUGUAAAGGAUCCGAGGAGAUCAUAUGAUCCUGGGGAGAAAUUUAGUCUUAAAAUUACUGGAGAUCCUGGUGCCAAGGUUGGUCUUGUCGCUGUGGACAAGGGUGUCUUUGUCCUCAACAAGAACAGACUCACACAGGAGAAGAUCUGGGACAUCAUUGAGAAGCAUGACACUGGUUGUACAGCUGGCAGUGGUAAAGACAGUUUGGGGGUUUUCUAUGAUGCUGGUCUGCUGUUUGUGUCAGACAAAGCGGGAAGCACCAGCUCUAGAACAACAAUUGCCUGCCCUACUCCACCAAAGAGAAAACGGAGAGCUGAAGCUCUUCUCCAGAUCAUCCAAACACUGACUGGAAAAUACACUGGUUAUCUAAAGAAAUGUUGCACAGAUGGACUGAAGCCGAACAAGCUGGGCUACACGUGUGAACGGAGAGCUACAUUCAUCACUGAUGAUGCAGAAUGUGUGCAAGCCUUCCUGACCUGCUGCAAGGAGAGACAGACUCGAAAGCUGAUGAUCGUGGAGGAGGAAAUGGUGUUGGCUCGCAGUGAAGAAGACGAAAUAGAAGAAGAUGAUUUUGAUAUAAUUACAUCCCGUACACAGUUCCCCGAGACCUGGCUCUGGGAAGACAUGGUGUUGCCAAGCUGCCAAGCUGGCCAAUGUGCCUCAACAACCCUCAACAAGGACAAUCUCUUUCUGAAAGACUCCAUCACUACCUGGCAGAUCCUGGCCAUCAGCCUGUCUCAGACCCAUGGUAUCUGUGUGGCUGAUCCUUAUGAAAUGGUUGUUAAAAAGGAUUUCUUUCUGGACCUGAAGUUGCCCUACUCAGCAGUGCGCAAUGAGCAAUUAGAAAUCAAGGCCAUUCUGCACAACUUCUCUAAUAAUAAAUAUAAGGUGCGUGUGGAUUUCAUAGAGACGGAGCAUGUUUGCAGCGCAGCCAGCAAGAGGGGCAAGUACCGUACCACAGUUGAUGUUGACGCACAGUCCUCCAGAUCCAUCCCAUACACUAUUAUUCCCAUGGAGCUGGAAAACCACUGGAUUGAGGUGAAGGCUUCAGUGUAUGGGUCAACAAUCGGUGAUGGAAUAAAGAAGGCCCUGAAGGUGGUGUCUGAAGGUGUGUUAUCUACAGUUGAAGAGAAGAAUGUGGAGCUGAACCCCUCUAAAGUUGAUGGUGGAGUGCAGGUCUUUCAUCUGAGGAGUGAUAUACCAGAACGGCAGAUUCCAGGCAGUCACGCAAAUACAUACAUCACCUUAACUGGUCAGGAUUUAAGUCAGACAAUCGAGCAGGCCAUCAGUGGAAACUUCAUGGGUCGUCUGAUUGUGCAGCCUUCUGGCAGUGCAGAGCAUAAUAUGAUCUACAUGACAUUACCCGUCAUUGCCACACACUACCUGGACACCACUAAGCAGUGGGAGGAAGUGGGCUUCGACCGUCGUUCCGAAGCUGUCAAACACAUCCAGACAGGUUAUGAACAAGAGCUGACUUACCGUAAAGACGAUGGAUCCUAUGCUGCAUGGACAAACAAACCCAGCAGCACAUGGCUGACGGCGUACGUGGCCAAAGUCUUUGCCAUGGCCAGUGGCCUCAUUACCAUCGAGGAGAAUGUUCUCUGCAGUGCUAUUAAGUGGCUGGUUCUGAAGACACAGAUGCCAGAUGGUACAUUUAAAGAAAGCGCACCUGUGAUACAUACGGAGAUGGUCGGAGACGUGCAAGGAAAGGAUGCAGACGCAUCUCUGACAGCAUUUAUCUUGAUUGCAAUGCAAGAAGGAAGUGAACGUUGUGCCAAGGCAGUCCCUCGUCUUUCAGAGAGCAUUAAGAAGGCCACUGAGUAUCUGGCACGAAGACUUACUACUUUGAGAAAUCCUUAUGCUGUUGCUAUGACCUCCUAUGCCAUGGCCAAUGCUGGCAAAUUCAACAAAGAUCUCCUGAUGAAGUAUUCCUCUGGAGAUGGUGCUUUUUGGCCAGUCCCGAGAGGACACCACUUCACCGUGGAAGCCACAGCCUAUGCUCUGCUGGCUCUGGUAAAGGCAAAGGAAUUUGACGCAGCAGGGAAAGCAGUGAAGUGGCUCAAUACGCAGACCAGUCCUUAUGGAAGUACUGGCACCACACAGGCAACUAUCAUGGUCUUCCAAUCUGUGGCUGAGUACUACAAGCAAGUAAGAAGAUUUCACCGAGGGGACUUGGAUGUGGAGUUGUCUGUGAGUGGACGAAGCCAAAGGACAAAUUGGAAUAUAAGAAAGGAAACCUCAAGCCUCACACGUUCAGACAAGGUUAACCUUAAGCAGGAAUUUAAUGUCACUGCUAAAGGAAACGGUGUGGCAUCUCUCAAAGUAGUAACAUACUACUACGCUAGACCCACUGAGAAGGAAGGUGACUGCAAAGAUUUUAAUCUUACUGUUAAGAUGGAAAAGCAACGUGAUGUGUCAUAUCCAGGCGCUAAAGAAAGUUAUCUGCUCACCAUUGAAACCUCCUAUAACAGUGAAACCAGAGAUGCCACUAUGUCUAUAUUGGAUAUCGGCCUGCUGACAGGAUUUGUUGUGGAUGAAAAGGAUCUCAAAGAUCUAACCACAGGGACUGACAGGUAUAUUCAGAAGUUUGAGAUGGAUAAACAGCUUUCAGAACGAGGCUCCCUCAUCCUCUACCUGGAUAAGGUGUCUCACAGGAUGAUGGAUAGGAUUGCUUUCGGAAUGCACAAAAACAGUGAAGUGGCUAUGCUUCAACCUGCUGGCAUCACUGUGUAUGAGUACUCCUCUCCAGAUAAACGCUGUACGAAGUUCUACCACCCUAUGAAGAAAGAUGGAGCUCUACACAGACUGUGCAAUACAGAGGGUUUGUGCCGUUGUGCUGAAGAAAAUUGCAGCAUUCAAAAGAAACAGAAAAUUGAUGAUAAAGAUCGUCAGAAAAAGGCUUGUGAACCUGGCUUGGAUUACGUUUACAAAGUGAAAGUUGUGAAGACCGACCUGAGCCCAUACACAGACUACUACACCAUGAAGAUUGAACAGGUUCUAAAAGAAGGCACUGAUGCAGGAGUGGAAGGACAAGAGAGAAACUUUAUGGGUCACGCUAACUGCAGAGAAUCUUUUGGAAUAGAGAAAGACAAGACGUACCUCAUCAUGGGCCGAAGCGUUGACCUACCAAAGAUAGAUGGAAGGCUGCAGUACAUCCUGGGCGAGCAGACGUGGAUUGAAUACUGGCCCACAAAUGGAGAAGGUCAAACUCAAACCUACAGGGAGAAAUACUUGGGUAUCACCGGACUCGCUCAGCAUCUCUUGACCAUUGGAUGUACCACAUAAGCAUCAGGGAUACUUAUAUCAGUGUCAUUCAAUGUCAUUAUUUUCUGUUGAAUAUUUCACAAGCUCAGCUCUGCUUCUACUCUCACUGUGACUUCACAUUGACUUAAGAGAAACCUUUACUCCAAAAAGUAAAGCAUUCUGGUAUGUCAUACCUGAAGAUCAUCAAAUAAACUUUCCAAAAGCAA